CAAAUUAUUCCUUCUUUUCUUCUUUCUUUUAUUUUUUUAUGCAAUAAUUUAUUCCUUUCUUUUAUUUUCUUUUUUCGUUCAUUCAAUAGUAUAUAAUUUGUAAUGGAAGAAGAAGAGGAGAUUUGUAGAGUGUGUCGAGGUGAAGCUACCUUAGAGGAGCCUUUAUUUCAUCCUUGUAAAUGCUUAGGAAGUAUUCGUUUUGUACAUCAAAAAUGCUUAUUAGAUUGGUUAUCACAUAGCAAAAAAAAAUAUUGUGAAUUAUGUAAUUAUAACUACAAAUUCACGCCUAUAUAUAAAUCAGAUAUGCCUGCUAAAAUACCAACAAAAAUAUGGAUUCAUCAUUUGACAAAAUGGUUAUACAAAUUAUUUAUAUUAACACUACGUUCCUUACUAGUCCUAUUCAUUUGGUUGGUAUUUGUACCCUACAUUACUUUUUGGAUAUGGAGAUUUUAUUUCUGGAAUGCAAAUAUAAUACGUUAUUUUUUCGUCUACUGUAUUCUCGGUGUCUCUCAGCUUCAGGAUCAGCCUAAUUUAACUGUAACUAACAAAGGUUUUAUGGAUAAAUUAUUGCAUGAUUGUUUAUAUGGCUGGCUAAUAUCAUCUAUCGUCAUGAUCAUAUUCAUUGCUGGGUUUUUAUUACGCGAAUGGAUUAUUCAAAAUGUUCCUGCUGAAUUACAAGAUGAUGAGUUAUUGGAAUCUGAAGAAGAAGAUAUGAUAUUAGGACAAUACGAAGCAAGAGGGGUACAACAGGAACAAAAUACUUUGGAUACUACAUUACCUUUAAAUGAAGUCCCAUCAGAAACUAUUCGUAGAGCGAGAAGACGAAGCAGCAGAAGACCUUUAUUAUUACAUGAAGAACCCUCAGAUUAUGAAAAUUUGGAAGCAAUGUGGUUAGCAGAUAUUGACCAGCAACAUCAAAGCAAUACAACAUCAACUACGGGGCAGCAUUUUCUUAACUUGGAAGUUGAAGAUGUGGAUAAUGAUGAUGAUGAUGAUGAUGACGAUGAUGGAUAUUUUGAUGAAUCUGAGGAAGAAGUAGAAAUUAAUCAACCGGAAAACACGUAUAAUGAUAUUCAUCCACAAGAGCCUUUAUUUAGACCCAAUAAUGAAGCUGUUAUAUUUGAAAAUAACGUGGCUAAUGAAAAUGAUAAUAUAAUACGUGAAGCAGCUGGCCCUGAAGAUAUGGAUGGUAUAUUAGAGGCAAUAGGCAUGAAAGGAAGUUUAUUUAUAUUAUUUCAAAAUUCGGGUAUCAUUAUCCUUCUUAUGUGUCUUGGAUUAGGAGUAGGCAUAUGGCUUCCUUAUAUUCUGGGUGUAUUUUUUAUCAUAUUAAAGCCUUGGGAACCUCCAUUCAUUACAUUAACUCAUACUCUACACUUUUUCUCAACAUGUCUUUUGGAACCUUUUUAUGAUACUUGGCUUGUAUUCUAUAGUCAAUUGGACCCUAUUUCAGAAUGGAUACCUUCAUGGACGCCUGUAUGGAUCCGAUCCAUUAUUUUGACUGCUCUACACAUUGCACAAAGUCUUGUCAAGUUUUUCUCAACUUUAAAUAUCACAACGAAAAUUGAUGAUGAUGACAAAAAAUUUGCAUCUUUAUCAUCAUCGAAUAUUCUCUUAGGACCCUCAUCUCAAUCCUAUACUAUUUCAUUAUGGCGCGAUAUAGUGUCUGGAUGGCAGUAUAUUACACCAUUUUUCAAGGACUUUCUUAAAUCCUAUUCCCAAAUGUCAAAUGGCGUUACCACUAUGGACCGUACGGGUUGUAUUAUAACAGGUUAUCUUAUUUUAGUUUUUAUUGGUUCAUUCUAUCUCUCAAAAACAAACAAUAUGUAUGCUCGAAUCGGUCGUACUGCCCGUCAAAUUAUUCGACAUUUAGGUAUCCUUUUAAAGGUUUUAUUCUUUAUUACUAUCGAGUUGACACUAUUUCCUCUUGGUUGUGGCUUACUACUUGAUGCUGUUGGACUUUCUUUGUUUUAUAAAAUUGGAAGCAGUAGUAGUAGUAGUAGUAGUAGUAGUACAGCUGGGCAUUUAAUGGCUAUUCACAAACGCAUAACAUUUCUUAAAGAAAAUACGAUUAGCUCUAUCUUCAUGCAUUGGGCAGUAGGAACUAGUUUUAUGUUCUUGUUUACGAGCAUGGUCACAUUUUGUCGAGAAAUAGUUCGCCCAGGAGUUAUCUGGUUUAUCCGAGAUCCUAAUGAUCCUCAAUUUAAUCCAAUUAAAGAAUUAGUAGAGCGACCGUUCUUUACACAGUUACAAAAAAUUGGUGCAAGUGCAAUUAUUUAUGGGCUUGUAAUUGAACUAGGUGUAGGUGGUUUAGUAGCAGCGAUUGGAUCUAUUUUUGAUGGUAUCCUACCACUCAAAUGGAGUUAUACACAGCCUUUGUUGACCAUUCCUUUUGAUUUACUUAUUGUCAUGAUAAUUAUUCCGGCAUUAGUUAAUUAUUUUAAUCCUAAAAAAUUACUAGAAAAUCUAAUGGUUCGAUGGGUAACUUGGUUAUGUCAGCAACUCCGACUUUCUUCUUUCCUAUUGGGUGGAAGACCAGUUAGGGAAGAAGGAUAUAUUUAUUAUAAGACCUGGAUGGCCUGGAUUCAACGCCCCGGACUAAAUCUAACUCAAGGCAACAAUCAAGGAGAAGAAGAAGAAAAAGAACAAGAAGUCACAUUUAUUAGAACGGGUCAACUUGUUCGUGUACCCAAUCAUGAUGGAGUUCGAUUUGUUCCUGGACGUCGUAUGGUUGUACCGGUUGAUCCAAUUACAUUAGAAGCCAUUGAUCCACAAGAAAGAUUAUUAGGACACCCAGCAGCUAGGACACGAGAAGAAGAAUCAGAGAACACAACUGUAGUUUAUAUACCUCCUCAAUUCAAAUUAAGGUUAACUGCCUUUAUGAUUAUCAUUUGGGUUUCAUGGUGUGCUUUAUUAUGUUACAUUUUUGUAGGACCGAUUGCUAUAGGACGUUGGUUAUUUAAUUAUUUUGGUAUCAAUGCCCAGCCAGAAAAAAAAAUCCAUGAUAUUUAUACUUAUUGGUUUGGCUGCAUUACUAUAAUUUCUACCGGAUUUAUAGCAAAAAAAAUCAGAGAACUUGUAUUGCAUUAUUCUUUAAUCAAUCGCCAGAGUUUAAUAAAUAGCUUACUAUGGAUAUUUAAUUUAUGUGUCAUUACAAUCUCAUUUGGGAUUCUAAUUCCUAUGAUAUUUGGAUGGAUACUUCAAUUGUAUAUCAUUAUACCAUUUCAGAACUGGGGAGCAAAGGCCCCCGUUAUAAACGUCUUUUUUCUUUGGUCAAACGGCGUUGUCUGUCUAACUUUAUUUUAUUCUUUACUUUCAAGAUUACCAGAAAAUGAAUUGUAUACUUCUUUCAUUAGGAUACAAAAUAAUGGUAUCAAAUGUUUCAAUUUCAACCGAGAAAUGAAAAGUUCGAUUGGCCCAAUUCUCUUUUAUGGAUUGAUGACUGUAUUCCUGCCUUUUAUCUUUGUUUAUGCCAAAAUACAUAUACUAGAUAAAGAUAAUCCUUUAAAGCAAGUAAACACCCUUCAAAUGACAUUCCCCUCUGUAUUAAUCGGCUUUAUAAUAUACUAUUUGAGUUAUAUGGCUACUAAAUUUGGAAAGCAGUGGAGUCAAUCAGUUCGGGAAGAUCAUUAUUUAAUUAACAGAGUCCUACACAAUAUAGAAAUUGAUAGUGAUAUCCUCAAUUCUCCAUAAAAAAAACUUUGUGUUACUUCUAUUAUUGUGAAGGCCUAGAGCAUCCAGAUAUCCGAAUCUUAUAAAAUUUUCUACUUUUGUACAUAUUAUAAAUUGCAAAUUUAUGUAACUAUAUAUUAUGCUAUUAAUAAAAUAAACUCUAUAUUGAUCCUAA